CCCAACAGGUUAUGAAGGCGGACAUCCGCCACUUAAAAGACAUGGAGAGUGCAAGCUGUUUGGUCAAGGGGGUUCUUCCCCCGAUUCCCCACUUUCAUUCAGAGAAAUCUCCCCUUCCGAAAGAUUUUCCCGUUUCCCUACAAGUCUGCUCCUCCCCCCAGCGGGACGCCAGGUCCUGCAGCCCCGAGAGUCAGACUUCCGAUAUGCAGAGCUCGAACUCUUCCUCCCGUUCCUUGGACGACAGUCCAACGGAGGUCAAGGAGGACCCCUUUUUCGAGUGCCACCGUCCCGUGGGGAGAGGUCCCAGGACCUUGCAUCAUGGCCCCCACGAAUCCCUCAUGACGGACAGUGGGAUAUACGAUAACGAUAUGCUCGAAUCGGAUUCGUCCGACUCCUUGGAGGAGGCGGGAGAGGACGGCCCCCCGGGGGAAACGAGGCCAAAGGUUAUUGAGGAGCCUAACGGUAUCGAAGAGGCGGGGGGUCGUGGGGGUCGUCAUGCCUUUGCAAGUAGUGAAGGGACUUUGGAAAAAUGUGCGAGUGAAAGUGAAUUUUAUGCGGAAAUUGCCGAUACCUCUAGUCCAAUCAAGUCAAAAGACGACAGUGAGCCUAGUCAGCAAAGACCAAAUUCAGUCGACUUGUCUUGGUACGAUUCCGCGUCGAGUGAUUUUUACAUCAACUCUGCUUUCGAGGGAAAUGUGAGUGGCAUUGCUGAGUUUGACCCUGCCAAACAGGGGCAUUAUUUACCCGAUCCAGAACCCAAAAAUGUAGGCAAGAGGAUGGUCAUGCUCAUCGAAGAACCCAGGAGGAGAGAGAACACUGACGCCUCCUACAAUACGGACGAGGACGAACUGGCAGCUUAUAUUUACGACCCUCAAAUCAACGACUCCUACAACACGUGCCUGAUGAAAAACCGCGAAUUUCUCAAGGACCCUUACAUCGAGCUCCACCGAAAAAUUCAGAAGGACAGGGAAAGGGAGGGCGAUAUCUUGGAGGACAGUUUACAGGACCCGUUGGAGGACCCCAAUUUUGCCCUGCCCUCCUCCCCGAGCCCCUUACCCAUCCCGCCCGAUUACGAAGAGGAGGACGACGAAUUCUUUAUGCAAGUCGUACCCCCGUUCGGGGACGUGACCUCCAAGUCUCAUGGCCUCAUCGACUACAAAUUUGAGAUGCAUGACGCUACCUGGGGGGUGUCCAGUGGGGAGGUGUACUUCGACCUGCUCACAGGCCAGAGGAUUCUCUCGACCAUUUACGAGUUCGAGGUCUCGUCGGACGAGGACACAGACUCAUACAGGAUGACCGAUUCUCGCUUGAGUGACGUCGAGGAGGAAGAGAUAAGAUAUUUCAGAAAAGACUCCUUAGAGGAGGAGGAGGAGGGGGAGGAUGAGGAUCCCUACUCGUUCUCCCGUGACACACUCAGUGCCGGAGAGGGGGAGGAGAAGGACGGAGGUCAUACGUCCCACUCCCAGCGGCCUGUAUGUGCGAAUGUUGGAGAUGAAAGGGACUUGUUGAAGGGGGCAAAUGAAAGUGAGAAUCCCAGUCUCUCGGCAGAUAGGGAACGAGGGGAAAGUAGUAUUUCUCGUGAUACGAGCGUGAGUGAUGCAUGCACAAAUGAUGACAGUCCGUUGAAUGCAGAAACAUUAUCUCAUCUCAGUGACAGAAUGGAGCGUGACGGUGAUGGCAAACACUACUCUAGUGACAAUAGUGAUCUCAAAGCCACUUGUGAGAAGGACGAAGGCAAAUUCGAGCACAGUGGACUUCCUUGCGUGAAAGAUGAAACUGGUGCCUUUGUGAUGGAGACAGAUAAAAUUAACCGUGAAUCAAAGGACAAAAGUGACAUUCGUAGCGGUGACGAGGAAUGCGAAGAGGGCAACAAUGCCGAAACCGCGCAGGAGAAUUUGAAUGAUUCCGCAAACGAAGACGCACACAUUUCGAUAGUCGUCACCACUGCCGAUGAAAACUCUAACGAUGAGGAGGACUUCUUCGCAAGUGAUACUUUCAUUACGACCCGCGAUCAUUACCAGUGUAAUGACAGUUCCGCCUGCGUCGCCGGGUCAGGCAAUUGCGGUGGCAACGCAAUUAACGCCGAUAGCUGCAGAAAUACCCUUGAGGUAACGGGCACUGUCAACUCGCACCUGAGUGACGACGAAGCCUUUCAGAGCGACGCUGAAACUGAUGUCACUUACGUCAGUAAUCACGAAACGGACGUACAUGUCACCAACAACGGACAUCACGAUGUAGCUAACAUUGCUGAAGCUGGCUUCAGCGACUCAGAUGAGGAAAAGAAUGCCCACGGGCACAAAAAAUACCCUUCGAAAGGCAGAAAUAAAGGAAAGACGAAUUUACGUAAAAAGGGUGGUGACGCUGUAGAUGACGGAUCUGUCAUGAGCGAUGACGCUCAAGCGGCGGCCUCCUCCAGCGCUGGAAAGUUUGACCCAGAUCAUACUGGUUCCGGUGACAGUCGUCAGGGUCCAAACAAGGAUUGUGCGGCUGACAAUCAAAGCAAAUCUGAAAGAUGUUCUGCUGAAGGAAGAAACGCUGAAGCUUCUAUUACUGAAGCUGAGUCUGUUUCGUGUCGUGAAACCGAAGCUCUUGCUGCUAGCAGUAGUGACCUAAGGAAAUCUGGAAUGGUUGACGCUAGCUGCAUUGAAGCUGAUGCGCUGUUAGAUCGACGUGAUUUUCGUGAAUUAAGAGAAGAAGAAAUAAAUGAGAAUAACAAUGUCAACAUUGAUCAGAAUUAUUGUUGCAAUGACGGGGACUUUGCGUUGUCUACAAAGGACAUACCAGAGGCAAAAAUCUGCGAGAAUUGUGAAAAAGAAAAUAAAGAGAUGUUCCCAAAUGAUAAAACCAAUGAAUGGAAAACUUCAGCUGACUAUUGCGCAGAAAUAGAAAAAACUGGCAACUCUGCCGUUGCAGAGGAGGGACAUUUAAGUAGAGGGAAGAAGAGCAAUUGCGAUUCGUCAUGCCGGCAGCAUCAAUAAAAAGAAAAGCAACCUGUCAUUGAUUCGAUUCAAUACACGGAGGAAGUUGCCGAGGACCUUCAUCUCCCCCCAGGGCGAGUCUCUAGGGUCGUUUGUGUUUGUUGUGACAAUCUCAUCGGCCAAGAUAUCCUUUCGAGAGACUCUGCAUCUCCAUUGAAGGGCGGAGAGACGGAGGGAAGUGACGAAUCUGAAUCGAAAUUGAGGCGAUCGUCAUCCAAUCGAGCAGAAUGCGAAGGGAUGCUUGUCAAUAUCGGUCGCAAGCAGAAGUGCCAAGAAAGAAACGCAGGAGAAAACUGUCGCAAAAGUGUCGAUAAAGAUCGGUACUUGACGGGUGAAGAAUUCGAAAUCUGCGUUCCCGAUCUCCCCCCGGCGAAACCCAAGAGGUUAUUUUUAAGGAGAUUGUCGAGCGAACUGAAAACGCCCGGGAGCCCCCCACCUGGGCCUUUGUUUGACAACACAGCAGGUGAUCCCGACGACCCGGAUUUGGCCCAGCCGCCCAUCAAGCCCAAAAGGAGGCGGCACAGCCCCAUGUCCCCCCCGAGGAAAAUGAAGAGGCUGCACAGAACCCCAUCGUCCGCUGUCGACGGAGACUUGGAAAACGGAGAAGCCAUAGAAAGGGAGAUAGAGCGAAUGAGUCGAGAGGAGCAAACUGGAGAAAAGACUGCUGCAGCUGUUGGCAGUGGUGUCGACGUUCCCGGCGGCGGCGGCGUUGCGAUCUAUAGUGGGUCAAGUUCAUUCGGUGCAGAAACCGCCGGAGAAGCUCGGGGUAAACGAGUUGGCACUGGCCCAGAUCCUCGUGAUCCAGGUAGCCACCAAUUGGACCUGAAUACUAAUUCCUCCUGCGAUGGGGAGAUAGGGUCGUCACCUGACGCGCAUGAAACGCUUGUUAGUCAGUCACGCGGAGAAAGGGCAACGAACGAUCAAGGUGAAGGCUGCUUUGCAGAAGAAGAGAAAGAAGCCGCCGAUGGCGUUUUCACUAGACCUACUACUAAGGUCUCAGAGGUAAUGGCAUCAUCUCUCGACACGAAACAGCCCUCUGACUCUCCUCCAAUGCCUCACAAAUUACCCGAAUCUGCUCAGAGUGAGGAUGAAUGCGCAAGAGACGAAGAAAGGGCUGACACUCUGAAUAAUAAUGAUGUUUGUUACGUACAUGGUUAUACUCCGGGAGAGGCUGGCGAUGGCGGUGACGAUGGUUUUCCAGACAAACCGGUUACAAGAAGUACCGACGAAGAACAGAAAGAAGAAGAAGAGUGCCACGAGACCACCGUUGUCGGUAACAGUAACGUCUUGCGUGACAUUACUAACGAACUGGAAACUAAAGUAGGUCACUCGAAUGUUGGUGAUGUUGAUACAGAACAUUCAAGUACAGGGAACGGGGUAGAAAACAACAAGGAGGUCUCGUGCCCUCGCCCCCCUAGGAGAAAGAAGAGAUCUCAUUCCUUCAAUACAUUUAAGGAUAGUCAACGCAUCCAUUUUAUAACGACAAAUAUUCCACCUCAGGAGGAAGUUAGAGACCCGAGGACUCCUCCAAAGGUUCCGCCGAGAACUUACGGUCGUUUCCAGUCCCUUCCUCGGCGCCCAAAAGCGCAGGAGGGCGUGGCCGCCUCUGGGCGCCAUUCUGCUGCUGGUGCCGGAAAAUCGGUGGGGCGAUCGGCAUCGACGGCAACGUGUCGCCCCCACAGCAUAAGAGACCGGGCAUCCGUCGCUAACGACCAUCUUGCGCAGGUGCCUUCGAGGAGUCCGAAGUUAGCUGCGACGCAGGGCAGCACCCCCUCAAACACCGUGAAGUUAGUCUCCUUCCAUCCACACACCCCUGGUUUCGGUCCCGCGACCCCCGCCGAAGUGCCUAAUAAAAACAAGAGGCUGAGCGAUUCCUUCAGGAAGAAGGGGUCCUACAUGAAAAAGCACUACUUAUCUCUCCCUCGAAAUCUGGCCAGAAAGUUGACGAACAGUUCCGAUAAAACCGACAACCCCGUGACGACCUGCUUCCCUUACCUGUUUCCCCGAAAACAGAAGGACCUUUACGAUUUCAAUUUUCCUUCUUCCCACCCGUCGGAAAUCCCCGAGCCAGAGCCUUACGCAAGAGCCCCCUCGACAGGUUCUGUGGAGAGUUUCUCUAAUCUCUUCACUUUCUAUUCGUCGAUGGAACAUUAUGAGCAGCCUGAUCACAGGAUUGAGAAUCCAUUUACCAAGGACACAGUACUCAGUCACAAAGAGAUACCACAGGGGCAGGUUGAUAAGAUUCCACCGCAGGCCCCGCCAAGGAGGAAUAGAAAGGAAUCCCCUGCGGCAUCGAUCUGCAGCGAAAGUAAUUCAGUAAAUCUGAAUGAAUCUGCAUCGACGUCCCAAGAUUUCAACAUUAAGCCGUCGAAUUCACCAAAUGAUGAAAAUAAAGAAACGCCCAUUCACGCGAAGGACACCAAAGAAAAAGAUAAUAUUUUGGGUGAUGAUGACAGCACGAAACUGCGCAGUGAGUCAUCCUGCGCCGCGGAAAUUUUAUCCCCCAACGAAUGCAAUGACCCCUCGGAGGUUUCCGAAACGCCACGAGCCACAGACAACUCUGUGAGAGAAAAUGAUGACCACACAGUAGUAGAAGAAGAAGGAGAGGAGCCAUCUCAUAAAACUGCCGAAAACAGAGAGAACAUAGUAUUACAUAAUGAUGAAACAAUCGAAGGUAACUCUGUGACAGACGAAGAAAAACUUCAUCCGCUACGGAAAGGCGAAACGACUUUGACGACCGCCGAUCUCGAAGGUGUUGCGACACCCACUACUACACCCACAGACGUUUCCGUAACCCCCCCAGAGGUCUCACAACAAAAGCAAGUCCCCUGGACGCCUCCGAACGUGGCCCUCCAAACAUGGGCCGAAAGGCAAGGGGUUCAAGAACUCGAGUUUACCCCCCUGUCACUGCGUCGCCUCACUUUAGAGAAGAGAAAGGAGUACGGAUCCCUGAAGGAAAGGAGGAUCAAGACUUAUCUGUCUAUGGGACAGAUCGACUGGAAGAAAGAUUUCUCCCUCAGAGAAAGGGACUGGAAAGGCUACCAGUCCCUGGAAGAUCUGGGAGGCAAAAUGUUUGGAUCCAUGGAUGAUAUUCGUCAAGACACUCCAUCUCCGGGCCCACCAGUGGACCAGGACAAGGAGGAGAAUCAACAACAGGACAGUAACAGCAAGUCCCAGAAGAGAGGGGAGGACGAUACCAGACUGCAGCAGGACCGCUGCGUUGAAGUCUACCCCGAGACAGUCAGGCAGAGACAGAGAAACAUGAUGACCUCGGCCAAUAAGGUCGAUAUUAAGAACUGGACUUCCAGUGGUAAUGAUACCCUAACAAGUCCUUCCAAAGUCAAAAAGUUCCUGCCGUCUGUUAAAGCCCUACGAAACCAGUUUGAGACUGGCAAAACCAACAACAACAGAGCAGAGACCAACGGCAACGGCACCACGAAUGGGAAUCUCAGCCGCAAAUCUUCCAUCUCAAACUCCUCUGUAGCCAGCUCUAUAGAAAAGACAAGCAGCACAAACAGCCUCAGUUCUGCAAACGGUUCAGUAGAGAAUCUCCACAGUUCAAACAUCGAGAACAGUAGGCCUGUCGAUCCUGAUGAGCCAGUUGAACCCAUCUACAGUCAGUUCAAAAAGGUGGAUGAGGAACUUAGAGAGUUGAUGAGCAAACCUCCCUCAACCACAGGAUGGAAUCCACGAUCUCUACUGAAGCGUCUGUAUUAUGUACCAGAUGCUCCUAAGCACCAUAGUCAAGGUACAACUUAUAUCAACAUUGAAGGGUACCUGGAGAAACUUCCUUCCGGAAGAAAGAAAGCCACCUUUUGGAAUGCUUGGAAGAGACGUUACUUUGUGGCAAAAGAUGGUGUUCUUUAUUAUUAUCAGAACCCACAAGCAGACAAAGCCAGUAUGAAGAUGACCCUUAUGGGUGGUAAAGUGGAGUGCAUGGAACCUAGCAUGGUCGGCGUUGAUGAUGGGAGCAGGGACUCUAAAGCUGGGGCCAUGAUCGGCAUUGAUGAUGGGAAGGGCCAUUAUGUGGUCGUGAGAUGCAGUUCAAAGCAGGAGGCAGAGAGAUGGCGACGUGCUCUGGAAACCCAUACGGUAGAGGACUUUGCAAGUCAGUAUGUCCAACCUUGGCCCAUACCUACAAAUCCUACAAUGCUUAGAGAUACACUUAUCAUAGAUUUGGGUUCCUGUUCAGUCAGAGCUGGUGUCCUGGCAUCACAAGCCACCCUUCCACAAGUUUUCUUCCCAUCAGUGGUGGCAACAGAAAGAGAAACCAGACGUCAGAUCUGGGGCUUUGAUGCCCUCUCACCAGAUGUACGAUCUGUUUCCUCAGUUUCUUUCCCCGUUAGACCCUCGCACAAAAUUUCAAAGUACUCUGUAGACCUGAGUGCGGUCUCAAGUCUCCUGCAGAAAGCCUUUGCCGACCUUAAAGUGGAUCCCAAAAACUACAAUGUUCAACUUUCUGUUCCAAGAGUACUGAAUCCCAACACCCAAGCAGAACUUCUCAGGCUUCUGUUUGAUAAGUAUGGUGUUAAGUCAGUCAACCUUACCCAUCAAUCCAUUUUGGCACUCUAUGCAUACAAUGCUACUUCUGGUAUUGUAGUCGACAUUGGAGACAGACUGGAUAUUGUUCCUGUUAUUGAUGGUUACAUCGUAGAUGGAGGAGUAUCUCGAGUACCUUAUGGAGGUUACAGAAUCCUUGAUCAUCUCAGACAGUUCUUGUACCAGAGGAAUGUCUCUCUUAUCAAUGAAGUUGAGAGUUACAUCAUCAGACAAGUCCUGGAAAAUAUUUGUUAUUGUGCUCACCAUUACAACACAGAGAAGGCUCGCUGUACCAAUAACCCAGACAAUUACGAAAAAGGAGUUUCCCUGGCGGAGUACUUCCAGAAAGAUAGCCCUUAUGAGUGUAUAUCCCUAGACUUUGGUCGUUUCCAAGCAACAGAGGGUCUUUUCAAUCCAGAUGCUUGGGGACUUGAUCAUCCUGGUAUACAUAAACUAGUACACAAGGCUAUAAUGGAAUGCAGCAUGGAUAUACGUAAGGAGAUGAGUCGCAGUAUAUUUUUGGCUGGUGGAGUAACCCAGCUUCCAGGACUUGUAGAGAGACUAACCACAGAAAUUGACAAUCUCACCCCUCCUGCUAUUAGACCAAAGGUUCAUGCUUCUCCCUAUCGUUAUCACGCUGCUUACAUUGGAGCCUGCGUUCUAGCCGAAUCCCCAGCAUUCACCCAGUCCAAAAUUACUAGAGAGGACUGGAACAAGCAUGGCAAUUCAGCACUCAAGAAAUGGUCACUCUGAACACAAGGACCACAGAAGUCUUUGGCUUGAACAAAUCUAAAGCGGAACGAUCAUCUUUGCUGGGAUUUUUCCUAGUGUCCCUCGGAGAAGCACCACACAGCAUUUUCCAAGUGACUUCACUUUUAUAUUGCUAAUACUGUAUAUGAGAAUCAUGUGUAUUGUGUGAAAGCUAUACUCAUGCACAAAAUUUUUUUCUAGUUGCCUCACUUGGUCACCAUAUGUACAGAAUUUUAACACUAAAAUGCCAAGUCAUUUAAGCUAAAUAUAAAAAUCAUUCCUAGUAUAAUGUAAGUAUUAUAUACAUUGUUAUAUUUUCAACCGAACAUAAUUUUAAAAGCAGCAGAUUAAGCCAGGUAACAAUAUGUGAAUCAUGGCUGAUGGUAGUUAGUUUUAAUAGCAAUUCUUUACUUUUGGUGUAAAUGUCACCAAAAACUUUGAAUUUUGCUAAAAUAAUAUAUAUUGUUCAAACCUAUAUCAUUUAUAGAGAACCAAUAUUGUUAGGAAAUAGUUUUAUGGACCGUCUUGACGAGAUAACAUCGAAAAAUAACAAUGCAUCCAGUGUUUUCUAAAUACUGUACUAAAGCCUAUAUUAAUGAAGCAGGAGAAUUUAUAGAUUAUUUGUAAUAUAUACUUAUUUCUCCAGCAAGAAAAGUGUAUAAUUUGUAAAUACAAAUCCUUGAUAAGGGAAAGGUUAACUUAUUUUCAUUAUGUAAUAUACAAUCACACAUUGUUUACUUAUCUCAAAUAUAUUUGUAUAUGAGAA